AUCUGCCAAUCCACGAAUACAAAGAUUAUGACUCGAAGCAGCGUGACAUACCACAACAUGCAAUGGAAUGUCUCCCCGGCAUUCGGCUUCUCAACUUUCAUCUCCCACGUCCCACCUGACUGACGACAACGGCGGCAUGGCAUGGCUGAUCCUCACACUUGGGGAUGUCUGCAGUCCACCGCCUCGCCUUGCUGCCGUCCUUGGCAUUAGGUUGGGACGGAUGCAGGGCAAUGUCACUCCAGUGCUCUCAAAUGUCUUCAACUUGACAACUUCAUCUCCAAGAGCAAAGUUGAUGGGAAGGCCCGACGACUAUCCAAGGAUCAAGAAUACGGACAGCCUCAUGUUGAACACGGCAAGCCGCAAACCAGAGAAACCCCACGAGAGGCGUCUAUCGAGACACGACGCCUGCCCAUCCCCUCUCAAACGCAUCAGGCCUGGAUCUGAAGAAUGCCUGUCAGAGGUAUGGGAAAUGGGGGAACAGGCAAUGCCAAACAAAUUACAACACAAGCAAGAAAGCGCAAUUACUCGUUACGAGGGUCAACAAGCAAGACAAACUGACAACAGCAGUACCCAGUACAAACAAUUGCAAGUUAAGGCAACAACACUGGACCUGCAAAUCCAAUGGACAGGGAAAGACACGCCGAGGAGCAAGAUCAACGCGUUCGGCGAACUUCGCGAUGCCACGAGCACUUCACGGCUUCACGAAAAGAGCUACAUGGGUCUUCCGGGCCUCUUCACUGCCGAAGCCGAGGAUAACACGGCUUCGCGCCGUGUCGUUCGGGCGUCCGCCUCUUCAAACCAGCACCACUGCCACCGAAUGACCACAACUACCGGCUACUCUGUUUUGCUUCGGGACAACUCGACGCGAUAUCAGCCUUUGAUGGAUAAUCUUUCACCUGCUCGUCCCUGACCUUUUUCGCCCUUUCUGCCCCGCGGUCCAAUCCAUUACAGAAUGCGGGGUGACUUUCACAGGGUUCAUCCGUCCGGCGCGUCACGCUGUACUCGUACCCCUUUGUCAUUGUUCCCGAGGCGUGUACUACAGCCUACAGCCUACGGCACCGAGAGGGCAAAGGGGACCGAAGAUAUCGUCAACCUCGGUUUCCUGCCCCGAGGGACAUGACGGCGGCUUGACGGCUGCUUGCCCAGAAACGACGACAAGGCAGGCCACGCCGACCUUGGCCCGGCCUGGCUAUCCCACCCGCCGACCAACUUCCGCCCACACUUUCUAAUUCUUCAAUUAGGUGGAUGGACAUCACCACAUGUGCAACGCGCCAACGGCACGCAUGAAGCCAC